CACAUGUUUGGAUUUAAAGCAAAGUCAAAUACGUCUCUUAUAAUCUCUUCAAUGAAAAUAGUAAACGAACUAUUUAUUUAUUGUUGUUGAUAUCUAUUACGUACUCAAAUUACAAUAAUUACGCCAAAAAUGACUAGAAGAAAAGUGGUCGCAGUUAAAUCGAAGUUCUAUAUAACGAAUAAAAUAAUUUAAUUCAAUUAAUAUUCCGCGUAAUCUGUGAUGCAUUUAGAUUGAAGUGUACCUAUCCGCAAUAACAAAACUGUAAACUGAAAUGUUACCCGUUUUACUUUUUAAUAACAUGGAAGGGAGUUCUAAUUCGCUUAAUAACAACGGUAAUAACGCUUUCGGACAAUUAUACGACGAUAAUGUGAUUUUAAACUCGGUUAGGAGUCGUAAAAAGGUGUCUGAGACGGCUAGUUGCCCGGUUUGCAGCUGUACUAUUAGGCAAGGUGAACUGGAGACCCAUUUGAACUUAGAAUUGGACCGGUUGUAUAAGCUUUCAAAUUGUGGUAAUAAGAGGAAACUGAGUGUGAAUAGUUCAAGUAAUAGUAGCUUUAACCCUUUACCUGGAUCGAGUACGGACGAAGUGCCGGACGACCAGGAAGUGGACGUGUCCGGAUGCCCGGGAAGCGACGUUUAUCAGCGAGUCCACUCUAACCGCCUCCGGCGCCUUCGCGCUAGACGGCGGGGCUCCCCUCCUCCAGCCACAGGCGAGUGUCCCGUCUGCAACGUCAACAUGCCCACCACAAAACUGCAGAGGCACGCCCUCCGCUGUUUGAAGAGGACAGGGGCAGCUAUAGAUGAAGAUGUGCCAGAUUCCAGCUCUGAUGAAAGCAUUGAUAACGACUCGCCUGAUGGGGGCGGGUUCGGCGCGGAGUACCAGUGGUGCGGGGAGUGGCGCGUGCGCGCGGCCGCGCUGCAGCGUGCCGACGCGCGCGCCGCCCAGUGCGUGCGCCGCGAGGACCACGACCACGCCUUGGUUGUAGAUGAUGAUGAGGACACGGAGCUGUACGGACCACCUCAGUACUCGCCUUCGAGAAUAGCUCUUGAUGCAGAGAUCACACCACCAGAACCACCGUCCGAGGACCAUCCAAGCUCAGAGAACGGGGUCACAGAGAGAGUGGUCUCUGAUGUGCACAUUAGUUUCACCGACCCAGAGCCGGUGCGGGACAAACCGAAUGGGCUGGUCGAAGCCAGUGCAGAGACUAGAAUACAAGCAUUGAAAGCCAGGAUAAGAGAAUUGGAAAGAAAGCAGAACAGCGCUUCAGAAGCCAAGUGUCUGAUCUGCCUGGGGCCCUACACGUCGCCCGCCGUCUCCAUACAGUGCUGGCACGUCUACUGUGAGGUAUGCUGGCUAGAGUCACUCAAAGCUAAGAAAAUAUGCCCUCAAUGCAACGCCAUCACAACCGCACAACACUUAAGAAGAAUCUACAUGUGAACAUUUUGUUUGGACACGAUCAUGUGCGUUUUUUUUUUGUGCA